GGUAUUUCUUUUAGACAUAUUUUAAACUACCAGGAAACAGGAAACACAUGACUCAAGGGGAAAAGAAAGUGAAAGUGUAGUUGAGCUGUUCUGUGUUGUGUCUCUGUAUUUAAGCAGUAAAAUGGCAGAAGCCAGCUUUUCUCAGGAUGAGUUCAUGUGUCCAGUGUGUCUGGAUCUCCUGAAGGAUCCAGUGACCAUCCAGUGUGGACACAGUUACUGUGAGAACUGUAUUACAAACCGCUGGGAUCAGGAGGAUCAGAAGAGAGUCUACAGCUGUCCUCAGUGCAGACAGACCUUCAGUCCAAGACCUGCUUUAGCUGGAAACACUGUGCUGGCUGAACUGGUGAAGAAACUGAAGAAGAGGAAACGUCCUGCUGACUGUGACGCUGGAGCUGGAGAUGUGCAGUGUGAUGUCUGUGCUGGAAGAAAAUACAAAGCUGUCAAGUCCUGUCUGAUGUGUCAGGAAUCUUACUGUCAAAAUCAUUUCAACCGUCAUGAGGAACUUCAUUCACGUAAGCCACACAAAGUGAUUGAAGCCACUGGACGACUGCAGGAGAUGAUCUGCCAGAAACAUGAGAAACAUCUGGAAAUGUACUGUAUUACUGACCAACAAUGUAUUUGUGAGCUGUGUACAAAAUAUGAGCAUAAAAACCACAACACUGUAUCAGCCGCAGCACAGAGGACAGAGAAACAGAAGCAGAUUAAGAAGAUGCAGAAGACAUCCCAGCAGAGAGAGAAAGAUCUCCAGCAGCUGAGAGAGACUGUGGAGUCUCAUAAGGUGAGUCUGGAGCCGUCUCUCUCAGCACCUCCUGAAUCUACAGACGUAAAUGAAAAUCCCUUCAGUUCUCUCGUCUCUUCUGCUGGUCUGAGAGAAUCUGUCCGUCAGCUGAGAGACAAACUGGAGGAUUUCUGCAAAGAGCAGCUCAAGAAGAUCUCAGACAGAGUCACAAUCACCAACAUUGUUCCCAGAACCAGGGACGACUUCCUACAAUAUUCCCGUCAGUUCACUCUGGAUCUGAACACAGCAUAUAAACGCCUCCGUCUGUCUAAGAACAACAGAGUGAUUACUGGCAGUAGAACAGAUCAGUCGUAUCCUGAUCAUCCAGACAGAUUUGAUGUGAAUCAGGUGUUGUGUAGAGAGAGUGUGUGUGGACGCUGUUACUGGGAGCUGGAGUGGAGAAGAGGUGAUCAUGGAGUGCGUAUAGCAGUGUCAUAUAAGAGCAUCAACAGAAAGGGACGGGGUCAUAAGUGUAAGUUUGGAAAUAAUGAGGAGUCCUGGAGUUUGGAAUGCAUUCCUCCGAAAUACUAUUUAAUGCACAAUUUAAUAAGGACUGAUCUCCCUGUAGAGUCCAUCAUCAGGAGAAUAGGAGUGUUUGUGGAUCACAGUGCAGGAACUCUGUCCUUCUACAGCGUCUCUGACACAAUGAACCUCAUCCACACAGUCCAGACCACGUUCACUCAGCCGCUCUAUCCUGGGUUUAGGAUUUCUAGAGCAUCAUCAGUGAAACUCUGUUGAUGAAUCAGAAUAGACUGAUGAGAGAUUAUAAACAUAAUGCUUUGAGCUGCAAGAUAAAUCAGGAACAGUGAGAUGUUAUACAUUGUAAAA